UCCCAUCCCUCUCUCAUUCCCAAUGGACCGCCUAUUCGGUGCCCAUUAAAUUUACUUUCUUGGUCAACGGGCUGAUACGCCUCCCUUCGACCCAUCCCUGUCUCGACACCCCAUUUAAAUGCUCCAAGAAUCAGUGCUCUGUUUGGUUUAGCUGUGAAGCUCUGAUCAGAAAUGGCGAUUUCAAAACCAGUCUUGUUCCCAAUGGUCUCUGUGCUGUUAGUAGUAGUACUGGUGUCUUCAUCUCGACUUGUUGUUUGCCAGGACACUCUCAGGAUUCUCCUGGAGGUGAAAACAUCAUUCCUGGAAGACUCCGAGGGAGUGUUCCGGGACGGCUGGUCCGAGACGACCCCGAACUACUGCGCGUGGCGGGGCGUCUCGUGUGCCGGCCGCCAUUCCUUUAGAGUGGCGAGCCUGAACCUUUCGGGCUCGUCGCUCGUCGGGUCCCUCUCCCCGGCGCUCGGUCUCCUGCCUGACCUCAUCCACAUUGAUCUUUCUUCCAACCACCUCUCCGGCCCCAUUCCACCAACUCUGGCCAACCUUUCCUCCCUGGAGUCGUUGCUUCUCUACUCUAACCGCCUCGUGGGCCCCAUCCCUCCCGAACUCGGGCAGCUGACCAAUCUCCGAGUUCUCCGGGUAGGCGACAAUCCUGGCCUCACCGGUCCGAUUCCCGCUUCGUUUGGAAACCUGGGGAAUCUUGUCACACUUGGACUGGCCUCAUGUAACCUCAGCGGCCUCAUUCCCCCCGAACUUGGGAAGUUGAAGCCGCUUCAGAACCUGAACCUCCAGCAGAAUCGGCUGGAAGGGCCGAUUCCGCCGGAGAUUGCCAGUAUCUCCGGCCUCACGGCUUUCAGCGCUGCCAUGAACCGGCUCAACGGACCGGUUCCGGCCGCAUUGGCAGCGCUGAAGAACCUCCAGAUACUCAAUCUGGCAAAUAACACCCUCACAGGUGAGAUUCCCCGAGAACUGGGGGAAAUGAGCGGUUUGACGUAUCUUAACCUGCUUGGCAAUCGGCUUAACGGUUCAAUCCCGAAAUCCCUGGGGAAGUUGAGAAGUCUUCAGAGCCUAGACUUGUCCGGGAACCGGCUCGUGGGUGGAAUCCCGGGCGAAUUGGGCGGUUUGAGCCAGCUCGAAUUCUUGGUUCUCGCAGGCAACAAUCUCUCCCGGGAGAUACCCAACACCAUCUGCUCCAAUGCCACUGCUCUGAAACACUUGAUGCUCUCACAAACUCAGAUAUCCGGCGAGAUCCCGCCGGAGUUUGGCCAAUGCAGGGCGCUCCGGCUGCUUGAUUUAUCCAACAAUUCGGUCGGCGGGUCGAUACCCGAAGAGCUAUACGAGCUCACUGAACUGACUGAUCUCGUUCUGAACAACAACAGUUUGACCGGCGUGAUUUCCCCACGCAUAGCGAACCUAACCAAUCUCCGGACACUGGCACUGUAUCACAACAAUUUGCAUGGCGAGUUACCCGGAGAAAUCGGAGUGCUUCCCAGUCUCCAGUUUCUAUUUCUCUACGAGAAUCUCCUCUCCGGAGAGAUCCCGGCGGAGAUCGGAAACUGUUCCAGCUUGCAAUUCCUGGACUUGUAUCGGAAUUCGUUCACGGGGAAAAUUCCGGGUACCAUUGGGAGGCUAAAGCAGCUGAAAUUCCUACACCUCAGGGAGAAUGAUCUCUCCGGUGAGAUUCCGGCCAGCUUGGGAAACUGCCGCCGGCUUGACACUCUUGACUUGGCCGAUAACCGCCUUUCCGGCGGCCUUCCGGCGACUUUUGGAAACCUCGGAGCGCUGACAGUGCUGAUGCUUUACAACAAUUCUCUUGAAGGGAAAGUCCCCGGAGAAAUGAGGAGUCUUGCAAACCUCACAAGAAUCAAUAUUUCCGGGAACAACUUGACUGGCAGUAUAGCUCCUCUCUGCAGCUCACAUUCUUUCCUAUCAUUUGAUGUUGCCAACAAUGCAUUUGAUCAAGAAAUCCCCUCCCUUCUGGGGAAUUCACCCUUUCUUGACAGGUUAAGGUUGGGGGGCAACAGAUUCACAGGAAACAUCCCGUGGGCUCUGGGAUUUCUCCGUGAAUUGUCGCUUUUAGAUGUCUCGGGUAAUAGAAUUAGUGGUUUUAUUCCUCCACAGCUCUCGCUUUGCCGUAAGCUCACCCAUCUUGAUCUCAAUAACAAUCUUCUUUCUGGACCAAUUCCCACUUGGCUUGGGAGUUUGCCUCUCUUGGGUGAGCUUAAGCUCUCUUCCAAUCGGUUUUCGGGUCCUCUUCCUCUAGAGUUAUUCAACUGCUCAGUGCUUCUAGUAUUGUCUUUGGAAAGCAACUCAUUGGAUGGAAUUCUUGCACCGGAAAUCGGAAACUUGAACUCCCUCAAUGUACUAAAUCUGGAUGGUAACCGGUUUUCGGGUUCAAUACCAUCUACAAUUGGUGGGUUGAGCAAGCUCUAUGAACUCAGGCUUUCGCGAAACCGCUUUUCUGGUGAAAUCCCCAGAGAGGUUGGCCAGCUCAAGAAUCUUCAGAGCAUCCUAGAUUUGAGUUACAACAAUCUGAGGGGAAACAUCCCUCCAUCUAUCGGGUCCCUCUCCAAGCUCGAAGAACUUGACCUGUCUCAUAAUGAUCUCACAGGGGAGAUUCCCUCUCAAGUUGCCGGAAUGAGCAGUUUGGGAAGACUGAACCUUUCUUACAACAAACUUCAAGGGAAACUGGACAAGCGAUACGCACAAUGGCCAGCGGAGUCAUUCCUUGGAAACCCACAACUCUGUGGGAGUCCUCUGGGGAACUGCAGAGAUUCACGCAUACGUAACACAGCAGUGGUGAUCUCAUCCUUAUUGGCCACCCUUGCAAUUAUUCUACUCUUACUGGGAGCAGCCCUCUUCUUCAAACACAACAGGGAAGCAUUCAAGAGUAAAGAAUCAAACUGUGCCUCUUCUACUGGUUCAUCAUCUUCCCAAGCACAGAAGAGGCCAUUAUUUGCAAAUGCUGCUGCCAAGAAGAGAGAUAUCAGAUGGGAUGAUAUCAUGGAAGCCACAAACAACCUAAGCGACGAGUUCAUCAUAGGCUCCGGGGGAUCAGGAACUGUUUACAAAGCCGAGCUGUUCAACGGAGAAACAGUGGCAAUCAAGAGAAUACUGAGGAACGAUGACCUCUUCCUGGACAAGAGUUUCGCCAGAGAGUUAAAGACGCUUUGGAGGAUAAGGCAUAGGCAUCUGGUGAGAUUGAUGGGAUAUUGUACCAACAAAGGGAAGGGUUCGAAUUUGUUGAUUUACGAGUAUAUGGAGAACGGAAGCCUGUGGGAUUGGCUGCAUAGUAAGAGCAAGAUCAAGAAGAAGAGUGUUCUUGACUGGGAAACACGGCUGAAGAUCGCUAUGGGAUUAGCCCAAGGUGUCGAAUACCUUCACCAUGACUGUGUGCCUAAGAUCAUCCACAGAGAUAUCAAAUCAAGCAACAUUCUUCUAGACUCAAACAUGGAAGCUCAUCUAGGGGACUUCGGAUUAGCCAAGGCGGUUAUGGAUAACUAUGACUCCCUAAACACGGAAUCAAACUCGUUGUUUGCUGGCUCCUACGGCUACAUGGCACCAGAGUACGCUUAUUCGUUGAAAGCCACAGAGAAGAUCGACGUUUACAGCAUGGGGAUUGUGCUGAUGGAGAUUGUGAGCGGGAGGAUGCCAACCGAUGGGAGUUUUGGGGAACACGUGGACAUGGUGAGAUGGGUCGAGUCGGGGAUGGAUGGUCAUGUAUCGGCCCGCGAUGAGCUUAUUGACCCGGAGCUGAAACCAUUAUUGUUGCCCAAUGAAGAAGCUUCUGCGUUCCAAGUGCUAGAGAUUGCGCUGCGGUGCACGAGAACUGCACCUGCCGAGAGGCUGUCGUCGCGCCAUGUCGGUGAUCUGUUGAGGCAUAUUUCUAAAGACAAUGUUGGCCUUCAUUUUGUGAAGCCAAGAAGCACGGAUCCUUAAGGUCGUCAGGAGGACUCAAACCAUAUGGCAUCAUCAGUUGCAAAGGGACAGCCAAGGCGAACUAUCAUU